GCAUGUCUAGACUAGGGGCCCUGGGUGGCGCCCGCACCGGCCUGGGGCUGUUGCUGGGCACUGCCGCAGGCCUUGGAUUCCUGUGUGCCCUUUAUAUCCAGCGGUGGAAACGAACCCAGCGCCAUGGCCAGAACCAGAGGCUGCCCAACUCCCUGGAUUACACGCGGACUUCAGACCCUGGACGCCAGGUGAUGCUGUUGCGGUCGGCCCCAAGUGAGGCUGGAGAUGCUGUGGUGCUGCCCAGCCUUCCACGAGAAGGGCAGGAGGAGGUGCUGGACCGCCUGGACUUUGUGUUGACCAGUCUUGUGGCACUGCGGCGGGAGGUAGAGGAGCUGAGGAGCAGCCUGCAAGGGCUUGCUGGGGAGAUUGUUGGGGAGGUCCGAUCCCACAUGGAAGAGCACCAGAGAGUGACUCGGCGGCGAAGGUUCCCAUUUGCCCGGGAUAGGAGUGACUCCACUGGCUCCAGCUCUGUCUACUUCACAGCCACCUCAGGAACCACGGUCACAGAUGCCGAGAGCGAAGGGGGGUACACAACAGCCAAUGCUGAGUCUGACUAUGACCAGGACUCUGACAGGGAGAGUGAGGAUGGGGAAGAUGAAGUGAGCUGUGAGACUGUGAAGAUAGGGAGAAAGGACUCUCUGGACCUGGAGGUAGAUGUGGCUUUGGAGCCUGGACCUGGUACCCCAGAGGAUGGAGGAAUCUCUGGCCAGGAGGACAUGCUGCCACUCCUGCAGCAGGCAGAUGAGCUGCACCAGGGCAGCGAGCAGGACAAGCGGGAGGGCUUCCAGCUGCUGCUCAACAACAAAUUGGCGUAUGGAAGCUGGCAGGACUUUCUCUGGCGUCUGGCCCGGGCCUACAGUGACAUGUGUGAGCUCACUGAGGAGGUGAGCGAGAAGAAGUCAUAUGCCCUAAAUGGAAAAGAAGAAGCAGAGGCCGCUCUGGAGAAAGGGGAUGAGAGUGCAGAAUGCCACCAGUGGUAUGCAGUGCUCUGUGGUCAGCUGGCUGAGCAUGAGAGCAUCCAGAGACGCAUCCAGAGUGGCUUUAGCUUCAAGGAGCAUGUGGACAAAGCCAUCGCUCUUCAGCCAGAAAACCCUAUGGCUCAUUUUCUCCUGGGCAGGUGGUGCUACCAGGUCUCUCACCUGAGCUGGCUAGAAAAAAAAGCUGCUACUGCCUUGUCUGAAAGUCCUCUCAGUGCCACUGUGCAGGAUGCCCUGCAGAGCUUCCUAAAGGUUGAAGAACUACAGCCAGGAUUUUCCAAAGCUGGAAGGGUAUAUAUUUCAAAGUGCUACAGAGAACUAGAAAAAAUCUCUGAAGCUAGACGGUGGAUGAAGUUGGCCCUGGAGCUGCCAAGUGUCACUAAUGAGGAUUCAGCUUUCCAGAAGGACCUAGAAGAAUUGGAAGUAAUUUUAGGAGAAUAA